AUGUCUAUUUCUCUUGACAUAUCGGAGUUGGCAUUCGGAGGCAGAAACGUGGUGGUAUCUGGUGACUUCGCCCAGCUCCCUCCUUCAAGCAAAGGAUACCCAUUGUACAGCCAUUCUAUUGGUUCCGUUAUACACAGAGCAAACUCUGUUCAAUUGCAGCGAAGUACCAUGGGUAAGGCUCUGUGGCACACGUUUACCACCGUGGUUUUACUGACGCAAAAUAUGCGGCAAACGGGAUCUUCGCCCGAAGACCUAUACUUCAGACAGAUAUUAAUGGAUCUGAGGUAUUGUGCAUGCACAGACGAACAGAUCGCUUGGAUGAACAGCAGAGCUGCGGGCCGAGGUCCGGGUCAAGCUCGUAUGUCAGACCCAAAUGUUAAGUAUUCGUCCAUCAUCACCGCUUGGAAUGCGUCGAGAGACAAGAUUAAUGAAAUGGGCGUGCCUGCUUUUGCUAACGAUAUUGAAGGUGUACUUGAAACAUUCUAUUCUCGUCAGAAGAAGAAGUCAACAAUUGACGUACUUCGCAGCAGUGAUGUAGUUGACCAGACAAUGCAAGACCACCUGUGGAAGGUGCAUCCAGCACGUACAGAACAUCAUCCAGGUAAAUUAAUACUAUGCAUUGGAAUGCCUGUCCUCAUCAAAUAUAAUGAGGCGACAGAAGCGGGUGUCACCAACGGAGCAGAGGGUUUCGUCGUAGGGUGGAAUGCACAUCCAAUCAGUGAAGAAAAGCAGACUUUGGACACAUUAUUUGUGAGACUGAAACUCACUGCUAGCACGGUGAAGGUGAAAGGACUACCUGAUAACGUGGUCCCUGUAUCAGCUUAUACGAAAUCUAUAGGUGUCAAACUUUCAGAUGACACCGUGGUUAGAGUAUCUCGCACCCAAAUACCGGUUGUACUUAACUUUGCUAUGACAGACUACGGCAGUCAAGGCCGAAGCAGACCCAGCAAUCCAUUUGAUCCUGGGGAGUGUAAGAGUCAUCAAUCACUGUACACUUGUCUCUCUAGAGGUACUUCCUGGAAGAGCACUGUAUUAGUAAGACCAAUCCCGGAUAACGUAGGGAAAGGUAUACUGUCAGAACAACUAAGGAGA